ACAUCCGAAGAUCUGCACGAGAGAAAAGCAAUCAAAUCCUGGUAGUUGAUGGGACGAAACUUGGAGGUGCAUGCUCCUCCAAUAUAUUUUUGUGCAUGCAAGUUUUGCCCCUGAUCUAACCCGGCCCUGGCGUCUUUCCAACAUGUCUGAAUGCGGUGAAUUGUUGCAGUGUUCUGCAAUUUCUCUCGCGGGCGGACUGGUAUGCUGGCCAGUGAGCCUGCUUCUUUCAGAUGGAGGAAGAGGGGGGUGAAAGUUCAUAAUGGUUUGCACAUAUCAGGUGACAAUGCUGUGGAAAAGUUGGUCAGCGUCUGUGGCUUAGCCUAGCCUAAUCAACAGAAACGUUUAAGAAAAUGACCAGCAGUAGCGAGGGGGUUUCGAAGUACAUCGAGGUCCAAGACGAUGGGGAAGACGAUGAUACAUUGGCGAUUGGUUAUUACGAUGACGACGAUGACUUGGAUACAUUCACAGACGGGAAUCUGGACUGUAGCUGCGAAGACGGAGGUGGUUUCAGUGACCCCCUCAGUGGGGAGGUGAAGCCCAGGAUCCUCCUGAUGGGUCUAAGGCGCAGCGGCAAGUCCUCCAUCCAAAAAGUGGUGUUCCACAAGAUGUCCCCCAACGAGACCCUGUUCCUGGAGAGCACCAAUAAGAUCUGCAGAGAGGACGUGUCCAACAGUUCCUUCGUCAGCUUCCAGAUCUGGGACUUCCCUGGACAGAUCGACUUCUUCGACCCCACCUUUGACUAUGAGAUGAUCUUCAGAGGAACAGGGGCCCUCAUCUUCGUCAUCGACUCACAGGAUGACUAUGUGGAGGCACUGAGUCGGCUCCACCUCACAGUAACCAGGGCCUACAAGGUCAACCCAGAAAUCAACUUUGAGGUGUUUAUCCAUAAGGUGGAUGGGCUGUCGGACGACGCUAAGAUCGAGAAGCAGAGGGACAUACAGAAACGGGCCAAUGACGACCUGGCUGACGCUGGCUUGGAGAAGAUACAUCUAAGUCUUUACCUGACCAGCAUCUAUGACCACUCCAUAUUUGAGGCCUUCAGCAAAGUGGUUCAGAAACUCAUCCCUCAGCUGCCCACUCUAGAGAACCUGCUCAAUAUCUUCAUAUCUAACUCGGGCAUAGAGAAGGCCUUUCUGUUUGACGUGGUCAGUAAGAUCUACAUUGCUACAGACAGCAGUCCUGUGGACAUGCAGACCUACGAGCUGUGCUGCGACAUGAUCGAUGUGGUCAUAGACAUCUCCUGCAUCUAUGGGCUGACGGAGGAAGAGGCAGGUCAGCCCUAUGAUAAGGAGUCCAUGGCCAUCAUCCACCUGAACAACACCACCGUCAUGUACCUGAAGGAGGUCACCAAGUUCCUGGCUCUGGUCUGCUUCCUCCGAGAGGAGAGCUUUGAGAGGAAAGGACUAAUUGACUACAACUUUCACUGUUUUAAGAAUGCUAUUCAGGAGGUGUUUGAUGUACGAGUGAAGGUGCAGAAAAACAGAAAGCUCCUCAGCCAGAGGAGGUGGAGCAAACAGGCCUCAACACCCAAUGGAGUCCUCAGCAGCCAACACUGAACACCACCCAUUGGUGGCAUCACAUGUCAAUCAACCAUCUUUAAAUCAACAUAAAAUAAAGUGGAGGUGGUAUGUGAAGAGCUGUGUGCUGUAUGGCCCCAAACACACUCAGGUUGUACAACUGCUGUACAACACAUUUGGCACAACGGUUGUGAUACAACAGAGAGUUUUUCUGCUAAAAAAUAACAACAUAAGUUGUGGAGACACCAAUCUUUAAUAGUAAACAUUUUUGUGCAGACAAACUCUGAGUGUUUACGGGGCCUACUCUCAGAACUGUUCAACAAUCACUUGUGGUUGCAUUUCAACCGUUACAAACCAACAGAUAUAGGAUCUUAAUUUGAUCACUCUUUUGUUGCUGAGAACAUAAUAAUUCACAUUUCCUGUUACUGAAGGAUUAUUUUCCUGCUGUAGCAAACUGGCUCAAAUUAAGAUCCUACAUCUGUAUAACUAGGGCCAGAAGGUUUUGUCUAAUCAUACAAGACCUGACCCGGAACCGGAAGUAUUCAGACCCCUUGACUUUUUCCACAUUCUGUUACGUUACAGCCUUAUUCUAAAAUUGAUUUAAAAAUC